AUGGCUCCAAAACGCAAGGCCAAACAGCUCGUGGUCCCGGAUAUUGCCGAGGAUGCGGCGGAGCGCAAGCGCGUUCUGAAUAUCCUGGCACAGCGACGUUAUCGCCAACGGAGAAAGGAUCAUCUAACCGCGCUAGAGUCGCGAGCUAAGGGUCUUUCCGAACAUCUAGUCGGUUCCACUCAAGAAACUUCUUCGACGUCAUCUUCAUCAUUGGUGUCUAUCAAUGCGUUUGAUAAUACUAACCAGAUCCUUAAUCAUGAGGACGCUCAAUGUUCUAAUGUCCAAGCAAUCGGGGAUCAGAGUGAGAAGUGUAUUCUGCCGCAUAUAGCCACUUCGGACCUGUUUCUCCAAUUUGUCCCCACCUCAGCACCUCAACCGGAGACAGACCUAUCCAUAGCCCCUGACGACUCCUUUUGA